AUGGAGGUCCAGAAUGGAGAUGAACUCUGUUUUCCACAACUGUUCAACAGGUCCUGCAAGAAGCCGACAUUUCAGUGGACUGAAAUUGCUUUCCAGAAAUUCCUGAUUUCCUUCAUCUCUCUGAUCACUGUAGCUCUCAACCUGCUCGUCAUCAUCUCAAUCUCCCACUUCAGGAAGCUCCACACUCCCACUAACAUCAUCCUCCUCUCUCUGGCGGUCACAGAUUUUCUCGUGGGUCUCGUAUUGAUGCCUGCAGAAAUGCUCAGGGACACAUCCUGCUGGUUUCUAGGUGAUAACAUUUGUGUUCUGUAUUAUUAUCUGAUCUGUUCCACUUUAGCUGCUUCAAAUGGAAACAUUAUUCUCAUAUCAGUUGACCGUUAUGUGGCUAUUUGUCAUCCCCUGCAUUACUCCAUCAGAAUCACUUUGGCAAAAGCAAAAAGUUCGGUUUGUCUCUGUUGGCUCUACUAUGCUGUCUACAGCAUUUUCUGCAUGAGAUAUGACCUGAUUCAGCCAGGCAUGAGUAAUUCAUGCAUUGGAGAAUGUGAAUUUGCUAUUCACCAUUCAACACGAACUGUGGAUCUCAUUUUAAACUUCAUAUUGCCAGUCACAGUUAUUGUGGUUUUAUACAUGAGAGUGUUUGUGGCGGCUUUAUCUCAGGCUCGUGCUGUUCACUUACGCACUACUGUUUUCACCUUGCAGAAUUCAAUCAACCUAAAGCCAAGAAAAUCUGAGUUUAAAGCAGCCAGGACUCUUGGUAUUCUUGUACUUGUAUAUCUAAUAUGCUACACCCCAUAUUUUGUUUACUCUUUUGUUGUGGUUAAUGUGACCAGUUCAUUAUAUGCAUCUUUUAUAUUUGUGCUGUUUUUUUUAAACUCCUGUAUAAACCCUAUAAUCUAUGCCCUGUUUUACUCCUGGUUCAGAAAAUCUGUUAAACUCAUUGUCACUCUGCAGAUACUGCAGCCGGGCUCCUCUGAGGCCAGCGUGUUGUAG